AAUACCUUCCUGAAAUACUGAUAGAUAGUCACUUUCUGUUUCCUGUGAAAGAUCUUCCUAGUAGAGCUUCUAACAUAGAUUAUACUUAUUAUAGAACUUAUACUAUAGACUUACAUGGUGAUGACCUAGUUGAAAGCUAACAACAUAAGAACAUGGGGAAAUUAAACAUCUUUGAAAUAACCUUAUCCAACCCCCAAGCCGUUUAUUAUGGGGGACAGACAAUAGAUGGUUAUAUUACAGUAGAGUUGAACGAGGAAAUGAAAAUGAGAGGAAUAAGGCUACAUUUCAAUGGUGGUGCAAGGGUACACUGGACGGAACAACACUCUUCAGGAAGUGGUAAAAAUCGGCGUACAACAACACGUCAUUAUUCUUCACAUGAAACUUAUUUUGAUCAUUGCAUUGUAUUGUUUGGUAAAGGUCCGGGACAAUCGGGUGAAGACCCAGUCUUAAAACCAGGUCGAUAUACAUACCCCUUCCAUUAUCAAUUACCUGUGGGAAUCCCCUCAUCCUAUGAAAGUUAUAUUGGUAGAGUACGAUACUCAUUAACUGGUGUUAUUGACAGACCAUGGCGAUUUGAUCAUAAUACCAAACGUGCCUUUACAGUACUUGAUGUUUUGGAUCUAAACAGGGAACCCAUGGCGUUGCGAACAGGUCAAGGUAGCGGUGAGAAGACAUUGUGUUGUUUAUGUUGUGCUUCUGGUCCUAUUACGUGUGAUUUUAAACUCAACCGACUCGGCUAUGUACCAGGGGAAGUUAUACCUUUAUAUGCAGAAAUAAGAAACUCUUCCAGAAGAAAAAUGGCAAAAACAUUUGCUGAUUUGCAUAUGUGUGUACAAUAUCAUGCCACAUGUAAAACUAAAUAUGUAUCACAAGUGGUGUCUAACCGUAUCCAUGGUCCAAUUGAACCUGGUGAUUCGGAUAGCUGGAACGGAGAUCAGCUACUUAUCCCUCCUUUACCAGCUUCUGGGUUGAGAGGUUGUAGAAUAAUUGACAUCAAGUACAUGAUUACUAUGAACGUCGAUCCGACGGGUAUAGGCUUUGAUUUAUCAGUACCAUUAGAAAUUCUGAUUGGUACAAUUCCCCUUCAGUCAGUAAUGCAACAAUAUGGUUUCAGUUCCGAUGCACAGGGUUUUACACAGCCAAGUACCAAUACCACUUCUAUCCCCAUAGAACCAUCGGCUCCUGAUAUGCCUCCACCAUCCUAUGCUGAGUGUAAUUUUGGUCAAGUUGAUAUACGAGAUGAAACUGAUAACGAACAUACACGUGGAAAUAUGCAAUAUACGCCAAUAUAUACAUAUUACAAUUGGAACCAACAUACUGAUAAUUCAUUUAACACCAAAUAAGAGUAUUUUAUUCGUUGGUUAUAUACCAAUCUAUUUUAACGAUAUGAAGUCCUAAGUCUUACCUAAGAUACCCGGAUACAUUUUUACAUUUUGAAUUUACAAUCUAAACGAUCUGUGAUAUUUUAAUUAUUUCUAUAAGUUCUACAUAAUCCUGACAUUAAUACGAUUUUCAGUAAUGAUAGAUUCUAUUUUAUGUGUGGUUUAUUUAGUGCAUUCCAGAAGAGGUUCAUAACAUACUGUAAUUAUUUUCAAAUGUUUUGUUCGACACAAUAUACAUAACAACAAUACCUUUCGGAUUUCUUAAGCAAUCAAACAGCUCAUUUUUUUUUUGCUUUAAAAGCGGCAUAUCUAUUGAGAUGUUUACUCGUAACUUAACUUAAUUAUGUGAACGAUAUUUCAGUUGCGUCCCUUUAUAUGAAAUAUAAAAAAUCGACAAAAUAAUUGAGCAUACAAUGUUAUUUUAUUUAGGAGCUUCAUUUAGAUGCUUACAAAUAUAUAUUUUAAACCAAAUAAUAAUAUACUUAAUGCACGAACAACAGAAUACCCAACUCUAUAGUUUUAUUUUUCGACUAAAAAUGCAAUGACAAUCACCACAUUAAUUGUAUAUGUACUUGUUUUGUGAAAUGAAUUUGUUAUACAUUAAAAGAAACGUUACUUUAAUAAAACUUAGUUUGUU